ACUUAUGAUUGAAAACUCGGAUCUAGCUGGCAGUAGUAAGAACUGGAAGGCAGGGAAACCAUAUCGUACCCGUUACUUGCUCUCGUUAGCGCGUGUGACCAUUUUAAAUUUGUUGUUAAAAUAAAUGAAAUUCGAAUACAUUCUAGCGAGAAUAUAUGUGAUAAAGACACGGACAACGCGGCAAAAGUACUGAUUGGACAUACAGUUUAUAGACUGCUGUAAAGAUAAUUCUACUAAAUCAAAUUGUGUAAUCCUUUUUAUUCGGAUAACAAAUGAGAAUAAUACGUAGAUGUAUAUGAUACGUUAAUUAAAAGUGUUAUAUACAUUGUAUAAAUUUAGUAUUAUUCAGCCAACGACAUGGGUCAAACGUAGGUUACAAUGAAUGUGUAAAUAACCUUCAACAGUUUUAAAAUGGACAUUUACAUAGUUUAAAUGUUUUCAAAAUACUAUGUAUUUCUUGUUUUCUUCCGAUUAAUGUGCUUCUGAUAAUACCAGCCAUGCUGACAUAAUUCUGAAGAUUUGCGCUUGAACAUGCAUAUUCCGCGAUUGACAACUAAUAACAAGCAUCUUACUGAAAAUGACAUUGAUGCCGUGAAGCAUUAAGUGAGUUGAUCCACUAACGAACUCGCCACUAAAUGGUUUAUGAAGUCUCGGCAAAAUGCUUGCCAACACAAACAUAUUCACUGAUAAAGAGACAACUAACUGGUUCAAGGCGUGCAUAGCGCUCAACGUAACGAAAGAUGGUCUUUCUUCGUUUGUUGAAGCCGAGUUACAAAAGAUCCACACAACCGUUGGUAAAAGUUGCGGACAAUGUUCUAUUGAAAAGCUGCUGCCAUGCCCUACAAAUGGUAUGUGUAAAAAGAGAAACGGAAAUACAUGUAUAUUCCACCAGUCACAGCAACGCCAGCAAUGCCCGGUUUGUGAUCAGGUAAAACAAAAUAUCACAUCGUUACAUAGAUUUAAUGGACCUUCGUGGCGUAAUACUCAAGCGGAACGAUGGGCAGCACAGCCGUGGGAAAUCGGUAAAUGCUUCCUCCCUCCAGACGGAUAUAGCGGAGUUUCCUCGGUCCAAGAAUCGGACUUUAACGGCGUUAUAAGCAUAAUGUUGAAUUGUACACAUUUUCAGACGUGUCUUUCUUCCUCAUGUCUAUCGCCUCCACCACCUGAUAAGCAAUGUCCGUUAGAAAAGGUUCGUCAGAUAGGUCGCAAUAUACGUCACACAUCCGACUGUAAAGUGUCAGAUGCUCAUCUACUAGAUUAUUUUCAAACACUGUCAACGCUACUGGCUGAUCCAAAGUGCUUAUUGCAUCAUCCCGCGGCAAACAAAUCGCUCACAAAACUUAAUGAUUUGCAGAACGAUCGCAUGUCAUUAAGUGAACUGGGUGAGUUGUUGAAGGAAGCUGACCGCACCCUCAACCAUGCGAAAGAGGCUGGAGAACGAUUUUCUAAAUCGGCGGAACGAGCCAUUGCAGAAUGUUUAGAACAACUCGAGUCUUCAUUAAAAGCUGGAGAACAACGCAUUGAGAGCCAGAUAGAUAAUGGCAAACAACUUAUAGAAAACACAAUACAGGAUGGGAAACAACGUCUUGAAGUCACGAUUUACGAUAGAGAACAACGCAUUGAAGUCAAGAUACAUGAUGGAGAACAACGAAUUGAAGUCAAGACACAGGAUGGAGAACAACGCAUAGAAAGCAGUAUAAAUGAUUGCAAACGGCGCAUUGAUGACACAAUACAAGAUGGGGAACAACGCCUUGAAGUCAAGAUAAAGGAGGGAGAACAACGCAUAAUGCGGACAGACAGUGACCAGGCGGAUAAAGACUACACACGCGGAACAGAAGAAAUUCUCAGAUGUUUGAUUGAACAUUACGAUAAAACACUGCGUUACUUGCCAACCUCGCCAUUAAACGACUGGAUUCAAGCACGUUUAGACGAUGUUUAUUUUCCUCCUUGCAUGCUAUUGAUGGAAAAAUACAAAGGGUCAUUCAAAAAAACGAAUACACACGUUACAAAAUACAAAGCUGUGUUAAACCACCAGACUUUUAUUCAAGGUGAGGCAGGGUCGGGUAAGACCUCUUUCCUUGCAAAAUUAGUCAUGGAUUGGUGUAGUAUUACAAAAACACAACAAACAAGCGAACCGUUGAUGGCGAAAGAAACUCAUUAUGCUGCUCCUGAAACGCGAACGAGAAACUCAACCUUUUUUGACGAUUUAACGACUUUAAAAGGUUACCAGUUUGUCUUCUACAUCACGCUGAGGAAUUCUGUUAAGCAACUUGAAGUUUUAGAGAUGAUAAAAGAACAGAUAAUUGACGAGAUAUACUCAUCAAAGGAAGAUCGUGAGAGAGCAUAUCGACUAGUGAAUGAUAUAAUAAAAAAUGAACGUUGCUUGGUCCUACUUGAUGGUCUAGAUGAGUGGAAACGUCCUGGAGAUCGCCAACACCUACCGACAUUGGUAGCAAUUUACACCCAGUGUGAUCUAGUAAUUACGACUCGACCUUGGAAGUUGGCUGAAGCGAAAAUCCCUGACUCAAAGAUAAAAACAUUACUGCAUCUUGAAGGAGUACAUGAACCUUUUGAUGUGAGCUUAAGAAUCUUGCGUUGUAGGAACGAUUGCACAAAUAGCAAUGGUGUGGACAAUAAACAUUCUGAAUUUGAAGCAUAUGUUUUAAGAAAUAGCCUUUGUGACUUACUAGCCUCCCCGAUGUUGAUUACUUUAAUUGUACAAACAUGGGCAGAAGGGACAGAACUCAAGGGCAAUAGAUGUCAGAUAUACAGUCUUUUACUCGAAAGUCUUUUUAAAAAGGCUAACAGUGAAGAAGACCAUUUUUAUGAAACACCUUUCCACUGCUUUAAAGGGACGCAAUACAUAAAGCCUAACAUCGAACACUUAAAUCGUUUUUCUGAAGCGGCAUUUCAUUUAUUGUUUUCAGAAGAAAGGGAAAAUUCUCUUGUAUUUGGCAUAGAGCAAUUAAAACAAUACAAGUUAAAUGAACGAAAAGACUUUGCAAUGAGAGCAGGCAUUUUAUCAGCAGCACGAAAGGCAUCUACAUUGAGAUCAUCUUUGUCAUUUUCUUUCGUCCAUAAAAGCGUACAAGAAUUCCUAGCUGCCUAUUAUAUCGCCUGCUACAGUCAUGUCAUUGAUGAAGUCAUUUCCGGAUAUCUGAUAAACCACGAGAAUUCCUAUCUGGAUAUAUCUGAAGUUCUGAUAUUUUUAUGUGGACUCGAUAUAUUAGCAGCGAAUAAACUAUCGAUUUUGAUGAAUAAGGCUGCUUGUGAAUGCCUCGUUUCUCUCGAACGUUUUCAAGAUAUCAUUUUGAAAGGUUACAUGGAGGCGGGGGCCAACGAGCACGAUGACGUACGUCUUGAACUCAGUCACUUUUUCAUUGAUAGCCAGAAUAUUAAAGACUUACAUAAUAUCUGGGCGAGCAACAUCCCUAUUGUUAGGUGUGUUACAUUGGAGCUUGAAGAUGAUUGCAUAGAUUGUUAUACAGAGCUUGAGAGUGAGCGCAUCAAGAAUUAUACAAAGCUUGAAAGUGAUUACAUCGAGAGUGAUACAGAGCUUGAAGAUGAUUGCAUCGAGAGAAAAACAGAGCUUGAAAGGGAUUGCAUCGAAAUUCCUACAGAGGUUGAAGAUGAUUGCACCGAGAGUCCAACCCAAGACAUGCAGAGUUCUAUCGCAAGUAGCAAGAUAGCAUCGCGAAUUGAGUUUGAUCUAACGUCGUGCGAUAAACUGAAAGAAAUAUACAUCAAUGGUGAAUCAUUUGAGGUUUUAAUCAAAGACUCUAUCAGUUUGAACGCAUCAACAUUUCAGAACUGGAUUGUUCUGCAUUGUGAAGACUCUUCACCAGUGCUGUCCUGUUUAACACGCAUUGAAUUGAAACGUGUCACAGUGUGCUCUACAUGGAUGCAAAAACUAUUCAAUACGCAGUUAACACUUGAUCACGAGGUAAAUUUUAAGCUGCACGAGUGUAUGAUAAUACCAUCCGUAGGCGACGAACUCAGCCCAUUUAGUGUCGCAUCAAUAACGACAUGCGUAAACAAUACGUUUGACAUUUGCGAUCUUUCAGGCGAGUGUCCUGGUUUGUGGGAAACACUUUUUGAUCUGAAUAUUAAGACUCUGAGGCUUUUUACUAAUUCAAUGUGGAGAGUGAAUUACACAUCAUCUUUGUCACAAUCUCUGUUAUCGCUCAAACAGCUGGAAACGCUAAGUAUUCACGUAGAUGCAAUCCCACACGACCUGUGGUCGGUUCUUUACAGUUUGAGUUUGAAGCGUGUGGCUGUAAGUCUGAGUGGUGAAUUUAAAGGUCUGAUAAUUGGUCAUGCUGAUGUGUUGUCGCAGCUGAAUUUUCCUGCCCAUGUGUUUGACUCGAUUUAUAUAGACGUGACUUCCCAUCCGGAUCUGUUAGCGGCUAUGCAUGGCCUGAAUAUUACGAGUCUCAGUCUUUUUGGCAGCGGGGAAAGUUUGACAGCGAAUCAGACAGCACUGUUGUUGACGAUGCUCAAGUCUCUCAAGAAACUUUACCAAGUACGUAUAGACGUGAAAAACGACAGUCGCGGGCUGUGGGAGGCUUUGCAUGGGAUACAUAUACAGUGCCUUAAUAUAGGACUGCAAUGCCGAUGUUUUAAAGUGAAUCAUGUUGCGUCUUUGUUGACGUCGCUUUCGUCGCUCGAACAACUUGAGAUGAUAACGUUGUACGUAAUAAAUGACAUAGAUGUUGUGUCGGAAAUCCUACAUAGUCUAAAAAUCAAAAGUCUAUCACUUGUACAAAAGAGUUCGAUAUAUUUCGGACGUUUGGAUUGUUCAUUUAUUUUGCACGCCCCAAACAGUCUGAAUGAAAGGAGUAUCAUUAUAACAUUGUAUUUUGAUUUUGACAAGUUGGAAGUGACUCUACAAUCUUUGUUUCAAUUAUUUUCGACUCUCGAAGAGCUUGAAGAGCGUUUUAUAGAAGUCUUUCCGGUGUCUUAAAAUAAAGACUCUUAAUCUGAACGGUGAGGUAUUUCGUUCUGAUGUACAUUCAAUUUCGCAGUCGUUUAUGUCGCUCACUUAGCUCGAAAAUCUCUGUAUUUAAAUUGGUGACUACCGUCAAGUGACGUGGGAAUCUCUGCAUAAGCUGAAUAUCUGAUCUUUGAAUCUUACAUGCACGUUUAACAUUUCUUGCGGGUAUCAUAAAGAUCCAUUUGCGCAUUCACUAUUAUCGCUCAUACAACUUGACAACCUUACUAUUUUCAUACAUAUUUAUUACAAUUUAAAGUUACCCCAGUCUGUAAGGUACUGUUAUAUCUACUGUGUAGCACUGACUCCUUUAGAACUACGCGACGUAAUGAACACACUGUCUUCAUGUAGCCAGGUAUUUGAUAGUAAGCUGGAAUUUGGCUGUGCACGAGUUGCCCUUGAUGAACACAAACACCAUAUACGACCGGAGGAAUACCUUCAAAUCAAAAAUGAAAUUAGUGCUCUAAAUAAUUUUACAAUAAAUAUAUUCCGAAUAUUACAACGAUCAUCUGGAUCCAAAACGUUGUAUGUAUGUAACCUUGGAAAUAUCGAUGACGAUGAUCAUAGCGCAAAUGAUGAGUUGAAUAAAAAAUAUGUAAACAAAAUGCAUCAUGUUAUUGUAAAUCGAAUUUCAAUGCGGCUAAAAAUUAUUCCAGCCUCGAUCACAUUAAUAUAUGAACGCGGUUGUGAGGCAUUGUGAGGUUGUUUUUUACUAUGAUGAUACGAGACUCGUUAUAAACUGUAUCACAAAACUGGCCAUUGUAUAUUUGGUGAUGCGUUUGUGAAAUACUUGACUAAGUAUGCCGUCGUUUGUGUUUAGAAUUGCAGUAAAAAUAUUUUAUGAUUUGUUUCUAAGUUAAGCAAAAUUCGUAACGAAGGAAGUGUAUUUUAAGAUAUGAAAUUGUGUCUGUAUAAUAUUUUUACGCGCUUUGAUAUUGAAGUAACUGCUAGUUGCGCGAAUCGUGUUUUGGCUUAAAUUGGUAUUUCUUAUAGAUUGAUAAGUGAUGUUAUUUUUUUAUCUUGUAUUGAAAUGUAUGUAUUUGAUAUAGAAGAAAUAUGAUUCUCUGUUGAAUAACGGAAUUGUAUUUCUCGAAUAUAUAUAUGUGUGUGUAAAAAACCUUACAGAAAUAUACUGGGAGUAGCUCAAAGACGCCACACAAUGUUUUACAUUAAUAUGGUGGAGUUUAGAUUUGUAUUGUGUGAUUUUUAAGGUUAUAAUAUUGUGUGCUAUUGAUUGCCAUGCAUUGUUUGAGAAACACAAAUUUCUGAAAUGUAUUUGCGCGUUGACAUCUGUCUAGAAAAGUAACUUAAACUGUCCAUCCGAUUUUGUUCAGGACAAAAUUUGCGAUGUUCUUAUAUUUUUGUAGUGCAAACGUAAAUAUAAUCAUCUACAAGUUUAAUGACACUUAACUUGACCUUAUAAAUAUCUGACGUAACGGUCACUUGGGAACUACGGUAAACAGUCGACAACGAUAAGUCUGGAUCCCCCCGACAAAAAUCCUUCUAUAUUUCACAUGUCUACAACUGCCAACGACAAUAAAUUACACUCUCAAUGCCAUUGGUAACCCGAGAAUAGCGGUCACGAGUCAGUCGUUGUUUGGUGCAAAAAGACAACAUACAUGUAUAAAACUGAGUUGUAGUUGUUUUUUACCACUGACGUCAUGGCAUCUAAAGGAUGUCUAUUUUUGCGGCUUAAGAAUGUGAUUGUGGUAACUGCCUUUGAUGUGAUACAUGGUGCCCACUGUGAGAAAACAAAUAUUAAUACGGUGUUGAGAAGGUUCGUUUUCCUGGGAUUAUUAUGUGUAUGUGCAUAUGAAAACAAUGUAAUAAAAAAAUUUACAA